AUGGAAAUGACCAGCCGUGCCGCGGUGCACGGUACCGAACCCAUCAAAUCAACGAACAGGGGACAAGAGGAGCAGCAAGAGGAGGAAUCGUGUUUCUUCGUCUGCACCCCGUCGACGGCGUCGCAUCCCCCAUCUCCCGCGUUCGGCCGCUUUGCUUCUUUUUUUCCAUCUCUCCGCCCCCCCCCCUUUCUUCUUACUUGGGCCAUUGGAGAAUUGCUUUCUGAGCUCUUCUUUUCCAUUCGUCUUUCUCAUUCUCCAUUACGCGCAGCAUCUUAUUGCUUUGUUCUCUUCGCGCCCCGGUUAAAUCGCGUUGAAGCUCGGCUGGCUUUUUCGUCUUCCUUCCUCUGCUCUCCGCCGCCGCCGCCACAACUACCAUCUCUUGCACCCAGCUUUGCUGUCCAUCAUCAUCGCUUCUGCGACCCUAAGAAUCCCCACGAUCGAAUCUCGUCGCAAGACAGCUCUCUCGCCAUGGCUUCUUCCCGAACUCUUCCUGCCAAGCGCAACCCGCUUAUGAUGGAGGACAUCCCCGAAUACACCGAGCUCGUCUCCCGUCGUCGUCUCGGACAGACUAAGCUCACGCCCAAGAUGGCUGACGAUGAUGACGAGGCCGAGCCCACCACCGUCGGUGCAUUCGACUACGCCCACCUUCGCGCUCCCAUGCAAAAAGGCAUCGUCUCGGGCAUCUUCAAGUCGAGCCCCACCAGCUACUUCCUCAUGCGUCGCAGCUUCGACGGCUACGUGUCCGCCACCGGCAUGUUCAAGGCCACCUUCCCGUACGCCGAGGCCGCCGACGAGGAGGCCGAGCGCAAGUACAUCAAGUCCCUGCCGACCACCAGCCCUGAGGAGACGGCUGGCAACAUCUGGAUCCCUCCGGAGCAAGCCCUGGCCCUCGCUGAGGAGUACCAGAUUGCUCCCUGGAUCCGCGCUCUGCUCGACCCCGCCAACAUUACCAUCACGCAGAACAACGACUCGACUUCGUCUCCCACCCGCAAGAUCUCGGCUCCUCCCAGGUUUGACGUGAGCAAGACCACCCAGCCUCUGCUGACCCCCGCCGCUUCUGCCACCGGCAGUGCCUCGAGACGCUCGCGACGCUCCGUUAGCCCCGCCAAGUCGAGCGGCAGGAAGGCUCCGGCCUCGCCCCGCAAGCGAAGCUCCAAGGCCGCCAAGGCUGCCGCUGAGAAGGAGGCUGCCGCUGCCGUUGACGGUGAUUCUGAAUCUGGCGUUCCCAAGGCCGCCGAUUUCGAGCCUACCGUCGUUCUGCAACCCGUCAAGUCCGAGGACGACACCGCCAAGCUCCACAUUGUCGAGGAGCCUGUCAAGGGCGCCAAGGGCAGCGACAAGAAGCAGACCGUUACCGAGAUCGAGGUUCCGCUGCCCACGGCCGGCCAACCCCCGACCGCAGAAGAGAUUGCCGCCAUGAUGGCGACGGCCAAGGAGCAGGUCGAGUCCGCCAAGGAGGCCGACAAGGCUGCGGCCGCAAAGUCGGGCACCAAGACCGAGUCGAAGAAGGGCAAGCGCAAGGCCAGCGACAUCACCCCAGUCGAGCAGGGCGCCGAUAAGAAGGAUACGGCCGACUCGAAAGAGCUGCAACCACGCUCGAAGAAGGCCAAGACGGACGCCGAGGUGCGCAAGGACAGGGUUAGAAACAGAGCCUUUAUUGGAAUUGGUGCCACGGUUGCUGUUGGCGCCAUCGUCCCUUGGCUGGUCAACCUUUUGUAG